AUGGCGAAGCGAGGAGAGCUCAAAAGAUUCAAUAGCUUAGCCACAAGGGAUAUCCGCCGUAUUCCAAUCGACUUGCGACUGUCGGUUAGCUCACUGUUUAUCGCACGUGUUGGGUGUGCAAGCUACGGCCCAAACCACACAACCACAAUGACUAUCUAG